UGUUAACUGUUAAUUUGUAACUCACUGAUAAACCUGCAAAAUUAAUUUGUAUUAUUUUCUUCGUCUUUUUUUCUGGUUAUUCUCAAUGUAGGGAUUUAUGUUAAUGAUUAGGGGUUUAUUGCUCUGUUCUUCGAUUGUUUUGGGUCAACACUUAUGAUUGGCGAUUUAUUCAACGAUUUUUGGUGAAAAGAGCUCUAUUUUGAACAAAUCCGCCUAAACGUGGAUUUCUUUCUCGUUUUGCAUUCAAAUCCAUUGAAAUCUGCCUUCACCCUACGAAUUUUCACCUGCAUCCCAGAAUCUAGGAAGUCAGCAGCGGGGGUGAUCGUUUAAGGCUGACACCUUCGGCAAACUACCUUUCAGAAUUAGGAUUUCACUGGUGGAAAAGCACAAAGAUCAUUGAACUCUGGUCACUAACCCUAAAACCUGGCAAAGGCUCAAGAUAACUAAAUAGGGAGGCCAAUAUGGUGAAUGCCAUUAAGGGCCUCUUCAUCUCAUGUGAUGUUCCAAUGGCUCAAUUUAUUGCGAGUCUAAAUGCAUCAUUACCCCCUUCUCAGAAAUUUAUCAUUCACAUGUUGGACAACACACACAUGUUUGUGCAAGCUCAUGCUGGUGAAAUGAUUCGGAAUAAAAUCUCAGAGUUUAGAGAUCUGAAUUCAUAUGAGAAGCCUGCAUGAUUCGGGGUUGUUUUUUAUACGUCUGUUUUCGUUAUUUGCAUUGUAAUAUUAACUCGAAUGCUUGCCUAUUGCAGUUUGGUAAAGUUGUGUUGUGUGUGAAUUAGUGAAGAAUGAAUUACGGGGCCUUGUGAUUAUUUUCCUUUC